UAAAUCUAUAUCAUAAGAAAUAGACAUUCCCUCGUUUUAGUUGCGUCAAAUACAUAGAAUUUGGAAUAACAAAAUAUACACGUUAUUAUAGUCAACAAAAAGCUUAGAGCCUAUAAGUUCAAAAUGGCAAGUAGUGGAGAUGGAGAUAAUAAUAGAGACCAUGAUGAAUCAAGAAUGCCUAAAGACAUGAAAGGUUUAUUGAGAUUAUGUGCUGAAGUUUCAGAUCCUAGUAAUGAAAAUAAAACUAGCCAAGAAAUAGUUAACCAAUUGGAUCCAGAGAAACAAGUGUUUUUAGAGAAGGCUCUGUCUGAUCUAACUGUUAAUCCUGUACAACGUAUGAAGGAAUGUAUACACAUUAUAAAAACAACACCAGAUACUGAUGACGGUAUUGAAAAUAAACUUCAAGCUUUAGAGGAACUUUUAGAAUGGUGCGGACAUAUAGAUUUUGCAAUAGAUUUCCAUAAAAUUGGUGGAUUCGAAGUAUUUUCAUCUCUAUUAAAUCAUGAAGAUGCAGAGUUGAGAUGGACAUGUUUAGAACUAGUAGCAGAUUUAGUACAGAAUAAUCCUUACUGUCAGAAGGCUGUCUUAGAAAAUAAUUUACUUCCUGUUUUAUUAGAAUCGCUUGACAAAGAUCAAAACUCAACUGUUAAAACAAAGGCAUUGUAUGCUCUGUCAUGUUUGUGUAGAGAUAACGAAGAUGGACAAAAAUUAUUUACAGAACAAGAUGGUUUCUCGGUAUUAAUGAGAGCUAUGCAAACAGAUGUGGAAAAACUGAAAAUCAAGGCUUCUUUUAUGUUAAAUUCUAUGUGUACAAGUCAUCCUAGUUAUAAAGAUAUAUUAUGUGAUAUUGGUAUGGUAGAACAGUUCAUAGGUUUAAUUACACAGGAACAUGGGCCAUUACAAGAACAUGUAAUGAAUGCAUUAUUAACUUUAAUAACAGAUCAUGAUAGAGCUAGAGACAUUGCUCAACAACCUCAACUUAAUCUGCAUGAUAUACUCAAAGAAAGGCUUACUGUACUUCAAGACAAACCAGAAUUUGAGGAGGAGAAAGAAUAUGCAGAAAGAAUAUUGAAAUUAAUCAGCUCAAAUGGUGGUUCUAGUGGAAAUCAAGAUGUCUUUCGGUAAUAAGAACAACAGACUGUUGUGUAUAUUGAAUGUGAUCGUGUUUUAGUGCACUUAUUUUUAUCAAAUCCUAGAAUUUGAGAAUAUUAUGAUUACUUGUAUUAUUACCAGUAGUUCUAUUAAGGAAGCUGUUAUUAUCAGUUUUAUGUAAUCACUAUUGCUCAUAUAAGUUAUAACUUAUCACAAGGAAUUUAUAUGGUGUGGAUGUAAUUAGUGAUGUAAAUCAUCGAGAAAUUUACAUUCCUUGGAAAAAACCCCCCAGAAAUUACUGCUGAAAGAUAUGAUCUGGCUUCAUGACUUACUGAACAUUUCUAAUUGCACUGUGUUACCAGAAAAUGCUUGUUUACACAUACUUUGUUAAACUGUGUAUUGUUUUAAUAUUAGAAAGGAACUGCUAUUGUUAUUGUACUAAAUGUGCACUAUAUCUAAUACAUGUCGUGUCAAAUCAAA